AUGCUCAUAGAAGACAGUGUCGUCACGAACUUCUUAUUCGCACAUCAGACCGACAUUCUUGCGGAUGAGACAAAGGCUGCUACACUCCGCCACAAUAGCUAUGAGCUUCUAAUGGGAAUCAACAUCAACAAGCACUUCCCCUGGCUUCCUGACUUCCUCGAGUCUCUUCCGCUAUCAAUAAGCAAGCCAAUGAUGCCGCCCGGGCUGAUCGACAUGCUGGCAUUAUUUGAUAGAGUUCGUGCCGAGCUGGUCGGCAUCAUGAAAGCUAAAUCGUCUGGAAUUUCCGGUGGAAAGCCGCCGGGCCCAACAGGUAAAGAGUCAGUGUACGACUCUGUACUUGACAGUCCCGUCUUACCAUCAUCGGAGAAGUCUUUACUACGUCUCCAGCAGGAGGGAGCACUCCUAGUCCUCGCCGGAACCGAAUCACCAGCUAAAUCCCUCAAUAUCAUCUUUUACCACCUUCUCGCCAAUCCCUCGAUCCUCAGCAAGCUUCGCACCGAACUCAGCGCAGUCCCGACACCCGCUUCCUGGACCCAGCUCGAGCAACUCCCUUACCUCUCAGCAGUCAUCGAGGAAGGCAACCGCCUCUCCUUCGGCGUCACUGCCCGAACAGCCCGUAUCGCGCAUGAGCAACUCACCUACACCCCGUCCUCUUACGUCACCUCCCCAUCCAGCCCCGGCAGAUCUUACACGAUCCCCCCGGGCACACCCAUUAGUAUAACCACCCUGAGCUCGCACACCGCUGAAUGCAUCUUCCCAGAGCCCUUCGUCUUCGACCCGGAGCGCUGGCUUGGCGACGCGGGCCGCGAGCGCCGUAAGUUCCAGAUGGCGUUCGGCAAAAGCGGGCGCAAAUGCUUGGGCAUCGACCUGGCGCGCGCUGAGCUGUAUCUCGUGACAGCGGCGCUGGUAAAGGCGUUUGAAAUGAGAUUGUGGCAGACGGAUGAGAGUGAUGUGGCAUUUAUGCAUGGUUAUCAGGUUGCGAUGCCGAAGCUGGAUUCGAAGGGGGUGAGGAUUAUGGCGAGCGCGCUUUGA